AGACGCACCGCCGCAUUGAUCAGCUGGGAGGAGGAGGCGGCUCACAAAAUCCCCCACAAAAUUAAAACCCGGUCACUUUAACCACACAAACCUUGACAUAGACCACCAAACACCACCACACCACUAAAUAACACCCGCCAAGACACAUGGCCGGCCGGAGAUAGUGUUAAAUAAGGCGUGUGAGUGAGUGAGUAGGGGCCGUCCUGUCACCAUGAGGGGCGGGCUGCCGUGUUUCCUGUUUUUUGUGUUCCUGGUGUGUGUCUUAGCGAGGAUUAGAGACCCGUACAAGAUCAUAGGCGUGACCAGGAAGGCAGAGACCCAGGACAUCAAGAAGGCCUACAAGAAGCUGGCCAAGGAAUGGCAUCCUGACAAAAACCAGAGCCCUGAAGCCAGUGCAAAGUUCAUCGAGAUCAACCAAGCAUAUGAGCUGCUGAUGGACCCGGAGCGCCGUCGCCUCUUCGACACGACGGGCCAGACGGAGGAACAGCCCAACUUCCGCAAGACCCACGACUACUCCUCCUACGGCCGCUUCGACCCCUUCGACAACAUCUUCAGCAACUUCGGCGGGAACUUCCACUUCAACUUCAAGCACGGGGAGGGGACGAACAUUUACAAGAAGCAGUCGAUAACAUACAAGUCGUACCAAAACUCCAUCGUCCACCUGAGCAAGAAGCAGCCGUACCUCAUCCUCUUCUAUGCUGUGUGGUGUGUGGCCUGCGCGCACAUCGAACCCAUCUGGAGGAGACUCAACGAGGAGCUGGAGCCCAUCAACUUUGGGAUGGCCACUGUGCAUGCAGAGAGGGAGGUGGAGCUGGCCAAGAAGAUCGGGGUGAAGACAGUGCCGUACCUUGUGAUGCUCCUGGAUGGCCACCCAUACCACUACACGGAGCCCUCGGUCAGCAUGGUGUCCUCCCUGGACUUCAUCCGCAGCAAGUUCCCUCACAAACUGGUGCAGCGAAUCACGGAAGACACACUUGAGUCCUUUCUGGGCGGGUGGCUGGACAACAGGGUUAGAGUGCUGAUCUUCGGGCGACUGGACAUCAUACGACUGCGAUACCUCACGGUUGGGUGGGAGUUCAAGGAGAGAGCCGUCAUAGGGUACGUGCAGAUGGACCGGGCGGACACGGACAGCAUACGGGCGCGCUACAGUGUGUCGAACAAGGUGGACACGCUGCUGGUCUUCCACGAGGACAUGCACACGCCCGUUGCCUCUGUGGCCAUGACGGACCUGCCCUACCCCACCAUGAGGGACAUCAUCGAGGGGAAUAAGUUCCUCGUCCUUCCUCGACUCUCAUCGCAGGCUGUGUUUGAUGCGCUGUGCCCCGUGGAGUCAGUGCGGUCGCGGCGGCGUCUGUGUGUGGUGCUGGUGACUCAGAACGACCCCUCACAUGACCCGAGCCGAGCAGCGCUGCGGGAGUACGCCAUGAGUGACCAGGCGAGGGAGAGAGACCGAGUGCGCUACACCUACCUCUUCCGGGAGAAACAAGUGGAGUUCAUGAAUGCCUUGACCUCAGCGUCUGGGUCACCCAUCGAGACCAACCACCACAUUGUGAUCCUGUGGCGCAAGGACCAGAACCACCUCAAGUACGAGUGGCUGGAGGGCGGGUGGGAGGUGGAGCCGGAGAAGCAGAACGCAUCCCGGGAGUCCCUGAAGGCGGCCGUCCAGAGACUCCUGCACUCCAACCAGCCCAUGCCUUACGAGACUGUGGUCCAGGAGCUCUUUGACGAACAUGCGCAGGGGAUCGUCUGGCGGAUCAUCAACAAGCUGGUCUCGGUGCAGGACUAUCUGAGAGACAACGUGACGGAGGACGACCUACUUCCGGCGGUGUCUAUCUUGGUGACGGUGCUGUUCAUCGUGGCCGGCGGAUAUGUCAUGUCCUAUCUGGUGAAGUUGGAGGAGGAGCGCGUGGCCAAGUCCAACUUCACCUUCGUCGACCAGACCGGCAAGGUGACUGUCCAGCCGCAGUUGCGAGUCCAUGAGCUGCGUGGGGAGUCCUACAACGGGCUGGUGCGCAUGCUGAAGCCUGGCUGCCGCACGCUGGUCAUGCUGUGCGACUCCGAGAGCAAAUCCAAACUCAUGCCAAAGUUCCACACUGCUUGUUGGCCGUACAGGAAAAACAAGACGCUGAUGUUUGCCUUCCUGAACAUCGAGCGGGCAUCGGCGAUGGAGUGGUACAAGCGCAUCCUGGUGUUGGGGCUGCCUGAACCUCGGGACCUCAACAUCAACCCCAAGAACACCAUCGGCACCGUUAUUUCCCUCAACGGCCACAGGAAGUACUACUGUCUCUUCCACGCCAAGCACCCCGAGGGAGCCUUUGGGCUGCACCCCGCCCCAGGGACAGCUGAGAAAGAGGGGCUCCGUCGGAGGCACCCGCGCUCCGGCAUCAGCGGGGACUUCAUGGGGUUCAGCGACAACGAGUCAGAGUCUGAAGCGUCUGACCCUGAGGUGGGGAGCAAGAAGAAGGACUCUAUUGCUUCCGAUAGACCGCUUCUAAACUACUACAGCAACAUCCUGUUUGAGGAGCAGCUGCUGGAGGGGCUCAGCAACUGGAUGGACCGCCUCUUUGAAGGCACCACCGUGCGCUACCACAUCAACUACUGGCCGGACUGGCCGGGUAAGUAGUGGGUGAUGUGGGAGUAACUCAUCACGUACAUAAUAGAGGUCUUUUUGACCCCCGGCCCCGGCACAGGAAGAAGGAGAGACAAAGAUGAUGGUGACAAACAUGAUGCCAGAACAGCCAUGCUCAGGGGCCAAGUUUUUACUUACUUGAUAUCAUGAGUAUCCUUGUAUCAUGAGACUUAUCAAGUGUUUUGUGUUGCUGUUUAACUCAGUUACAUUAUUGUGUUCAGCAAUUAUCUAUUGUAAAGAGACACUUCAGGACACAGUCACAAGCCUUUGAGGUCGCUGGCAUGGUCUGCGGUGGAACACAAGGCAUUGCGGAUCAUCCCUGAGAAGGUCACACACACAAUACAUUCCUUCCCGUUAUUACUCCAUUGUGUACAAAAUAAAUGUUCAUAUUGCUAACACACCUGUUCUGCAAGUGAGUGACCGAGCGCUGGCCACCCGCCGCGGUGACCUCCUUGUUUGUACUCCAGCAUGGGACAGAAGCUUAGGCGAGUCUAGCAGAAUAUAGAGGAAGUUAAUAUAUUACCUUUUAUAAGAGCUACAGCUUGUACUAGUAUAGACACACAGGGUGAUUCUCAGUACAUACUUCAGGAUAGGCGUAUUUAAAGCUAUUCAGGUCAUCACAUAACAGUACUUCCCUUUGGUUCAGUUGACAUUCCCGCGGAUCACGGUGCCGGUACAGGUGAGUUCUGACGUGGUGUGCCAGCCCUCCAAUGUGACACUUGAGGCUUGUAGUAGCUAGUGGCAGAGAUCUGAUAUUUAUUUCUGUAUUGUUAUAAAUUGAGUUUUUAAUUGUAGAUGUUAAUUUUAUCAAGUCUUCUGUCAUGCCAAAGUUUUUAUAUCAUCCAGUUUCCAUCAAGUCUAAUCUGAGUAGCACCAUCAUCAUCCCAUUGCAAUAUCUAUCAUAAUACUUACUAGUCCAAGCAUAUUAUACAUUUAUUAAAGACAUUGUGUUUACCAAAGACUUUAUCAGGAUUAUUAAUUUUAUUAUAUUACAGCCAUAUCAAUUAUUAUCUUCAUUAUUAUCAGUGUUCACAAUUCUUUAUUCUAAUAGCAGUAGCAGAUUUAAUUGAUAAUUUUUACAACAGUUAUAAGGUAUUUCAUAAGGCCUAUAAAAUCAGCACCUGUAUUAUCAUCAAUGGCAGUUGGAAAGCUGAACAGAUGCAUACAAGUAACAAGAACUAAAAGAAAACAUUUACCAAUCUUUAUUUUGACAUUUCAUCUUUACGUCUCAGCUCAAUUUUCACGAGUAAUUUUUUCCUGAAUGUGAGAACUCUUUAGAACGGUGCAUGAGAACUAUGUAACUCAUCCACCACUCAGUUCUCAGUAACACAUCCAACACCCAAAGGAACGUUCUCUGCAGCUCAUCCAGCACCCAUCAUUCUGUCAUCCACACUGCCCAGCUUUGCCUACCCAGGGUCGCCCCACGGCACCCUCGUCACUCACACGUGCGGGUCAUUUUGCCUACCAUUCAUGUUUGCUGUCUUUCCGUUGUUGUUGUUGACGUUGUUACUGUCAGUGUACAUAAGGGACUGUCAUGAGACGCGCUUGCUCGCCCCCUGGCACCACACGGGGGGACUCAUUGCAAGCUUUUGUGGAUUCGUUCGAUGUUUGGUUAAGUUGCGUUAGACCGUUCCGUUCCUGUUGCGUUUAUUUAUUUUCAUAGCGAUAGACCCCAGUUUUCGUGCGAGGAUGCGGUGCUGGUUUAUACUUGCUCCUGAAUGUCUGCGGAUAAGUCUUUCCUAUGGCCUGGGUUCAUCGCAAGACCUCAACCCUCAUCCCAUUUCCAACCCUGACCCCCAAACACUACACAGAGAGUAUCUAGUAUGUCAUGCAGUUGUAGGUCUGAUUUUUACGGUAAGGUUUAGAGUUGCUUUUUAGGUGUGGUACUUAAACCCCCUUCAUUUAUCUCCAUUGUAAAUACUUCAGAAAUCAUUGUACCCAUAUUUACUACAUGCAUUUUACCUGUAUUUACAUGCAUCUAAGUAUGUAUCCAAGUUAGGUAAGAAAGUUCAAACUGUACGGAAGGUUUGAUAAGUUGGUGAAUCUGUUUUGUGUUUGUGUUUUUUCGUUUGAGUGAGGUUUGGCAAUGCUUCCCAUGUGGCUGUCUGUAUCAUGGAUUGUUGAUGCCUCUGAGAAAUGUAAACAGAGGAGUGUGAUGAAUAUUGGUUCCUUGAGACCAGUUAUGAAGGUUGUUUUAAGCCAUAUUUUUCAUCAGUGUAUAUCCUGUAAAAUAAGUAAUUGACGCAGCUCAUGGGCCAAAGAUAUCAGGAACAUUAUUACUGAAGAGUUUGAUGAAUAUUGGUUCCUUGAGACCAGUGAUGAAGGUUGUUUUAAGCCAUAUUUUUCAUCAGUGUAUAUCCCGUAAAAUAAGUAAUUGACGCAGCUCAUGGGCCAAAAAUAACAGCAAUAUUAUUACUGAAAAGUGUGAUGAAUAUUGGUUCCUUGAGACCAUCGAUGAAGGUUCUUUUAAGGCAUGUUUUCUGGCAGUGGUUCAUAAAGUUAGCAAUUGUGUCUGUAGAAGGGAUAGACACAGCUCAUGGGCCAAAAAUAUCAAGAACAUUAUUACUGAAGAGUGACGAAUAUUGGUUCUUUGAGACCAGUGGCAAAGGUUGUUUUAAGGCAUGUUUUCUGGCAGUGGUUCAUAAAGUUAGCAGUUGAGUCUGUAGAAGGGAUAGACGCAGCUCAUGGGCCAAAAAUAUCAUGAGCAUUAUUACUGAAAAGUGUGACAAAUAUUGGUUCUUUGAGACCAGUGGCAAAGGUUGUUUUAAGGCAUGUUUUCUGGCAGUGGUUCAUAAAGUUAGUAAUUGAGUCUGUAGAAGGGAUAGAUGCAGCUCAUGGGCCAAAAAUAUCAUGAGCAUUAUUACUGAAAAGUGUGACAAAUAUUGGUUCCUUGAGACUAAUUAUGGUUGGUUGUUUUAAGGCGACGUUUUCCAUCAGUAAAUUGUCCAUUCGUAAAAUAAGUAAUCGAGUCUAUUUGAGGGACAGACGCAGUUCAUGAGACAAAGAUAAGUGGAACAUUAUUUCUGAAGUGUCACAAAUACUGGUUCUUUGAGACCAGUGGCGAGGGUUAUUUUAAGGCAGCAGCAUUGCUUCCCCAUUCAUAAAAUUGGUAAUAAAAUGACGCUGGCAGUUUGUUCAUAUAGGUGAGGAUAAGGUACACAGUCUAGUCAGAGCCUCGGCCAGUACAACACACAGGGAAAAUAGAACUCCUUGCCAUGUUCCUGAUAGGGUAGGUUUGCCAGUCCCUGCACAACCUUUAACAUUAACACUCUUGCUCCAUAUCAAGGCAAAAAAAAAACUACUGUGGCAUAUCGCUUGGUUAUUGGCAAAGUAGAUUAACAGUUUUUAUUUUGACAGUUGAAUAGGAGUUAAUUUUAGACAGUUGUUCAAUUUUAUGCCUCAAUUUAAUUUUGUGGACAUGUAUUUGUUCCUGAUUAACUUUCUUUACUUUAAUAGUUGUUAAAUUUUACACUUCAAAUAAAUUUUUCUGGGUAUUGUUUGUUCCCUAUGGUAGUGUUCAAUUUCAGACCAGUGUUUUUCCCUGAUAGUAGUGUUAAUUUGAAGUGUGUGUAGGGGCUUAUUUUUCUCCCUUUCUUCCUCUUUCUAUGAUCAAGAGUGGGAGAGACUCAUAACCUGUCUGACCCCAUAAAGGAAAAAUAAGGAACAUUAAACAAUUAGAAGAAUAAGUGUUAAGGGACUGGCAAAGCUAUACCCUACACGUGCUGUUCAGACAUACUGGAGGUGCGCCUAACCUGUGAAAGCCUCCGAUUGUGUCAAGGAGGCAACCGUCAAGGAGAUUUACAUGCAAUGAACUGUUUUAUCUUUGUGUUAUUUAUUAUGUGUUGUCUAUCGGUGGUUUGUGAUCGCCGACUCCUUUAUACCUAUUUCUACGAGGCCUUUGUAACUGGUUUUCGUCGAGGUAACGCCAUUGGUUGGAGAGUCGUAUGGUUUUAGUGGAUUUUUAUUUUGGGUUGGUGUGCAAGCUAUUAGCCGGAUAUUUGAAACGUUGUAUUAGUAUAUAUUAACAGUUUACGUGGUUGGUUUGGCUUUGAUUCAAUUUUUGGGAUGGUGUUAGCUUAAGUGGAGAAAACAAAGGAAAAGAAAAUAGAAAGGCAAAAUUCAGUGGAGGCAAAGUGUACAGAAAAACAGAGCUCAGGGCAGGGUGGAGUAUAUAAGUGUGUGCAGUGAAGUAGCUUAAGUGAGCAUUGUGAAGUAUCUAAGUGUUUACCAUGGGGGUGGAAAGGUGGGCUCUUUCCGACACCCUCAGCCCCGUUGUUGGGCCUCCUCCUUGAAAAAGAAUUGGGUAUCCCUCUACCAGCCGUCUGGGGGGUUGCGCGGCAUGCACCGCCUUCCUCCCUUGGGGUAUAUCCCCAACGAAAAAAAAAAAAAAAAGUAAGUUUAAAGGCAGGGUUAAUUAUAUAAGUGUGCACAGUGAAGUAACUAAAGUGAGCAUUGUGAAGUAUCUAAGUGUAAAGGCAGGGCUAAUUAUAUAAGUGUGCACAGGGAAGUAACUAUAAUGAGGAUUGUGAAGUAUCUAAGUGUGAAGAACCAAGUUGGACCCAAGAAGUAAUACAGAGGGAACAGCUCAAAAGAAGGUGUUAUAUUUUCACUAUUAACAUAUUACAAACUCAUUCAUAAAGUGAUACAAAGUGGAACAGCUCAAAAGAACGUGUUAUAUUUUCACUAUUAACAUAUUACAAACUCAUUCAUAAAGUGAUACAAAGUGGAACAGCUCAAAAGAAGGUGUUAUAUUUUCACUAUUAACAUAUUACAAACUCAUUCAUAAAGUGAUACAAAGUGGAACAGCUCAAAAGAAGGUGUUAUAUUUUCACUAUUAACAUAUUACAGACUCGUUCAUAAAGUGAUACAAAGAAAAUCCACAAAACUAACUAACCACGGCUUGAAAAACAGGUAAAAAUUUUCGGUUAAUAUAUUGCAAACUUAUUCAUUAAGUGAUAUAAAGAAAAUCCACAAAACUAACUAACCACGGCUUGAAAAACAGGUUAAAAUUUUCACAGUUAACACAUUACAAACUCAGCCAUAAAGUGAUAGGCCUAUAUAAAGAAAACCCACAAAUCCAUCUAACUACGCCUUGAAAAAUGGAAAAUCAAGACAAAAUCACCCACAUUAUUGUUAGUAGACUGAUAUGACGUUUAAAAUCAUCAGGCAUUGACUCUAAAACCAUAUUGCAUGAUGGCUUCUGUUACUUUGAUAUUAUAUGCUUCACUUCGAAUAAACAUGUAAGUUGAUACAUUAUAA